AGGAGGAGGCCGAAGAGGCAAAGAUGGGGCCACUACAGCGAGCGCUUUCGCGCUUUUCCAUCGUUUGUGGCACCGCCAACACGGAUAUUGAGGAGAUGCCUCAAUGUAAACCGAGGCAUUAUACACGAAUGAAUGAAAAAGCAGAAGGGUUCAAUGCUGAUUAUGAAUCCGACGAAGACAAGUAUGUCCAGGAUCCCAGCCAUCGCGAGGAGGCGGAAACGAUCUGGAAGGAGAUCGAAGACUUCGGCAUCGUGCUGGGGAAGACACGUACAGAGACAAGCGAAAGCGAGAGCAGUGCUGGAACACCUAACAGAUAUGAUUCGGUCAUGGAGUAGUUCGACGAGAACAGGAUGGAGGAGUUUGACGAGAACGGAAUAGAGCAGUUCGACGAGAACGAGGAGGACGUGGAGGACUUCGGUGGGGUGGAGCAGAUUGAGCUCAGUGAGGAUGAGACAGUACCAAAGAAAAGAAAGCGAGAGAGCGUAUCACCCGUUGAGUGGAAACCUCGGGGGACUCUAUUCGGACACAAGUUUUAAAGUCAUGAAACUUACAUUGUGACUAUUUGGUAUAUAAUA